GAGCGGGUCCCACCAAAUAAAGUAAAUAAGUGAUAUUAGAUAUCAAUGGCAAUCCAUUUUAUGAACUAUCCAUUCAUACACCUACACACCACUUCACCUGCAGCAAUCCAACACCAACCACCAUGGAUCGAAACGAAGAAGAUAUGAAAUUUGUUGGCUUCUUCGGCAUCUUCAAACAAUCAUUCAAAACAAUCUUCUCAUGGAAGAAAAUCUUCGCGCAAAUCACUCUCACCUUAAUCCUACCUCUCACAAUCGUCUUCUUAGUUCACAGGGAAAUCUCCCAUCAUUUAUUCGGGCAAAUCGAGUUCUUGAAUAUCGACAGCAAUUCUCUCCUGCAGAUUGAACCUAAUGACAACGAUAGAAGCCGAACAGGCGCCAUGGAUUGGCUCUACUACUGGCUAUUCACAAUCGCCUACUUCAUCUUCCUCACCGUCUUCUCCAUCCUCUCAACCGCCGCCGUCGUCUUCACCAUCGCCUCCAUCUACACCGACAGAGAAAUCGUUUUCCGAAAUGUCAUGAAAAUCGUUCCGAAGGUCUGGAAACGCCUUUUGGUCACUUUCUUAUUCAUAUACCUGGCGCUCUUCAUCUUCGACGUAAUCGGUGGGGUGGCUCUGGUUAUCUUCGGAUCUAUCUUUCACAAUUCAAUUUUUGGUGUAAUCCUUUUGCUUAUCUUCCUCAUCUUAUACAUUAUUGGUCUGUUAUACCUGAGCUUUGUUUGUCAACUGGCUAGCGUCGUUACUGUUCUGGAAAACACUCAUGGAUCUAAAGCCAUGAGGAAAGGUAAGGAUCUGGCGAAUGGGAAGAAGAAAGUGGGAAUGGGAAUUGCAUUCGUGUUGUACGGAUUUUUGCUCGGAUUACUUAUUGUGUAUGAGCUGUUCGUGGAAUACGGUGGAGAAAAUUUGGGAUUGGAGAUGGUUUGGAGGGUGAUGAUCGGAAUAUUAUGUGGGCUUUUGCUUUUGAUGCUGUUCUUGCUCCUCAUCGUGACCCAAACGAUGCUUUAUCUGGUCUGCAAAUCUCAUCACCGGGAAGUCAUUGACAAGCUUAGUUUGUCGACGUUUUUAGGAGCUUACAUGGGGGAGACGGUGGUGUAUCCCGCCGCCGGCGAAGAAAUCCAGCUUGGAAGACCUCAACAUCAACAGGUAUAUAAUAAUUCAGGUACCUCAGAUGAUUGUGGGAAGGCAAAGGCUUGAUCGUGCACCUCCUCAUGUUGUGUUUUUGUGAUUUUUGGGAAAACUCUGAUGUUAAACUUGUUUUGAAAACUAAGAUGUAACAAUUAUGAUUUUUGGGUUGGUUUGAAAAAAGUUUAAGUUUUAUGAAAUUUUAUCGAUGUUACAUGGUAUGACGGUGCAUGAUCUCCGGUGACCGUGUUCUAGAUAAUCCGACAACAACACAGUUAACAAAAAGUGCG